CCUCAACUCUACAGUUUCAUGUCGGACUUGUUCCAGGAGCACAGAGUGAAGCGGACUUGCUAAGGCAAUGGGGAUAACUUCUUCCUGGAGGUUAGUGAAGUUACUCGGCUUUUUCAUUGCGCUUGUCCUCUCUGUUCAGAUCUUAGUGGACAGAGUAACACAGAGUAAACAUCCGGCAGGGCCAAGUCCCCUCCCCGCGGAGGAGUACAGAGUCCUAUCCCCUGAAACAUACCGCUAUCUUCUCAACCUGCCGUCUGUAUGCAAAGACAAAAAGCCCUUUCUGGUGUUUAUGGUACCAGUUGCACCUCUGGAAGCUGCAGCAAGGGAAGCCAUCAGAAAAACAUGGGGUGCUCCAAGACAGGACACCCUUACCCUGUUCUAUGUGGGCUUACCUGAGGAGGGACAGGGGUCAAGGAGCCAGAAGGAGGUGGAGGAGGAGAGCAGGAAACACGUAGAUAUCAUCCAGAUGAACUUCCAGGACAGUUAUCAGAACCUGACAAUCAAGACUAUGAUGAUGAUGAACUGGCUGGCGACCCACUGUCCAAAUGUCUCCUAUGCCAUGAAAGUGGACGCCGACAUCUUUGUGAAUGUGUUCUACCUCAUGAGACGCCUGGGGGGCUCUCCCAGGCAGGGCUUCAUCACCGGCUCAGUGAUAUGGGACGGCAAGCCAAGGCGGGACAUCAACAGCAAGUGGUAUGUGUCAGAGGAGCUGUACCCCGAGGACAGCUUCCCGCCUUAUGUUUCUGGAGCCGGGUAUGUGUUCUCUGCAGACCUGGCUGCCAGGAUCUCCUGGGCAUCCAGGUUUGUUGGGAUGAUCCCACUGGAGGACGUCUAUGUGGGUUUGUGUCUGCGUGUGCUGGGUGUCAGGCCCGUGUACUCCCGCAGCCUGCUCUUCCUCAGGAACCUGUUCCAAAUCCAGAAUCUGGAGUACGACAGGUGCACUUUUAACAAACUGCUCAUCGCCAACGGCUUUAAUCCGUCACAACUGCUGCACAGUUGGCAGGACUUCUCCCAGGGUCAUUCUAGCUGCUGAAAGAGGAGAUUAACACGUAUGAGAGCUUGAAACAAAGUUUAAAAUAAUGACACAAGUAGCCUUUUGUAAAGGACACAAAGUCAUUGGAGACACAGCCAUUAGGUCGGGGGUGCUGGGUGAUGAUUGGUAACUCAGAAAAAUUCAAAUGGUAACCUUUUCACUUUUCCCACUCACCAAAAGAAACCGUGAUCCCCCCCUCUGUACCGUCUUUGGUGGUAGGAACAGAAGAGUUACAGGUGAGAGACGGUUUUAGCGGAGUCAGUGGGGGAGCGCAGCGCUGUGUGUGUGUUCAUGUCUGACUGUGUGUGUGUCCAUGUCUGACUGUGUGUGUGUCCAUGUCUGACUGUGUGUGUGUCCAUGUCUGACUGUGUGUGUGUCCAUGUCUGACUGUGUGUCCAUGUC